GAACAUUAAUCUACUCUUCCAUGUAAAUUUAGUUCAAUACACAAGACUUUGGAUACACACUUCCUGCAUGUUCAAUAGACAUAAUUUAAUAAAGCUUGUUGGAGGUCAUACAAAUUCUAAACAGGAUGAGUCUAUAUGAUGACAUUGAAAUGGAGAAGGCAGCUGCCUCAGGCUGGGCAUCAAGCAUUAAAUUAAUGCCCAGUCAAAUGGCCUUCAAGAAAGCAUCCUUUGCAGGGACCCGACGGGACCAGCGCCGAGGGAACACAAAGCUGGCUCCAGUCAUCAACCUCAAGUCCCGACGUGAUGAUGAUGAGAGCUCAUCACCACCCAUGCCAUCGGCCACCACUGUCACCACACAACUGCUGCUGGCCGCUGCUGGCAGAGGACCGCUACCACACACUGAUCCUCCCCUGGGGGUGGGGAGUGGGGUGAGUGGGUCCAUAGGCCCACUCGACCCUGAGUGGAAGUUCACCAACGAGUACCACCCACUCUGGCCCAACGACUACGAGAAGGUCGUGCGUGAGAUGCGUGAGCGGCGCGACAAGGAGGAGGCUGAGAAGAGGCAACAGGAGAGGGAGGAGAGGGAGAGGAAGUGGAGGGGGCUCCUGAUCGUGAGUUGGGGUCGUGUGGUGAAGGCUCCUGAUCGUGAGUUGGGGUGUUGUGGUGCAGGCUCUGUCUCUUAUACACAUCUCCGCAUCUCCGGCGGCAGCGGAGGUGGUGACGUCAGCACGAGCGCCAGCACAGCUGCGGGCGUCAGCUCAGAUCUCCUCAAGAAUCCUUCCAAGGUCGCCGUCCUCAGGGUCAGUAUCCUGGUAUCCUGGCACCAGGGUCAGUAUCCUGGCACCAGGGUCAGUAUCCUGACACCAGGGUCAGUAUCCUGGCACCAGGAUCAGUAUCAUGGCACCAAGGCCAGUAUCCUGGCACCAGGUCAGUAUCCUGGUAUCCUGGCACCAGGUCAGGUCAGUAUCCUGGCACCUGGGUCAGUAUCCUGGUACCAGGGUCAGUAUCCUGACACCAGGGUCUGUAUCCUGGUACCAGGGUCAGUAUCCUGGCACCAGGGUCAGUAUCCUGGCACCAGGGAGGGGCAGGGUCUGGGCAAGUCAGAGCAGGGCAUCGUGCGCGCCCUCGAGGUCGAGAAGACGAGCAAGCGCGGGGGGCGCAUCGUCGCUGAGGAGGGGGGGCCUCCUCCCCCCUCACCCCCACACUCUGACGGUCUCCCCAUCAUGGGGGCCCCUGAAACCGUGAUUGACCUGAACGGGCGGUUUUUCGGCGGCCGACAGGUGGCCGCGGGUUUCUACGACCACGACAACUUCAAGGCCUUCAAGCUCAACGAGCCCAUCACUUAACCCCGCUUAACCCUGCUCAACCCCUUUACAAUUACUUCCUCCUAAACUCCAUCCAUCAUAAUUCCCCAAAACCCCACCCCCUCACAGCCCCAGCAUCCCUCGCUGUAUUAAACGUACGUCCCCG